UUGGCCGUCACACAGCUCAGAGAAUGACUCUGCUGCCAUCUCAGCAGAGGAACAACGGAGUCUGUGACAAAGCUUCCCCAACGCUGCCCCGGGGACCAUACAUGUGGAGGGAAGGGAUGGAAGAAAGUUAUGAGACAUUGGAGGAGGAGUUAGGGACAUCAAGAGCAGAUCCUGCUCCACACAAGACUGUUCGACAGAUCCGCAGACCAGAAAUGUAUGCUGCAAGGAAAAUCCGAGAGGAAAUGGCUCCAGCUUCACAACAACCAAGGGCAGAACCCAAGACUUUGCUCAGAGAACCCAGCUUCCCUAGAACACCAUCCUUGCCAAAAACCUUGUCCGCCCAAAUCCCGGCCCAGAUAGAAACACCGUGGGAGAACGUCACUCUGAACCGAUGUCUGUUUGUGGCCAUCACCAUCCUCUGUUUAUCAAGUGUUCCAGUUUGAAAUGUGAAGCCGAAAAUCUUUGUAUUUUAAUCAACAUUUUUGAUCCCUUCUCUUUCAUCCGAGAGCUGCUUUGAAAAAAUAAAAAGGUCUUUGUGAA